AUGGCCAGACUUCUCGAGUACCAAGUCUUGCCACGGGACUACCCAGUGGCUGAGAAGCUCAAGGACAUGGCCGAACUUUUGGCUCAGAUGGAUGAGAAAGAUAUCGAAAAGGCCUUCGACACCUUGGCAGUCUUUGACACCAAGCGCGUGACCAAGUUCAUGACCAUGAUGGCUGCUGAAGUGCUUCCCGAAGGAAAGGACUUCUCUUUUGGAACGCGUGUGAGCUCAGCCUCCUUCAGCGGCAAACCCAAGAAGAGUGAGGUUGCUCAAACGGCGCUGACGGAGCAGGUGAAGAACAAGCUGCUCGCCGAGAAGACGUCGAUCGAGACCGCCCGGGCGGAGAUGGAGAAACCCUGUGCCGAAAGCAUUGUGCAGACGGAGGGAUUUGCAGCGGUUGCAGCGGUGGAAGGUCGAGACCAAGAGGCCCAGACUGAUCCACCACCGGUGGAGCUGGAGGAUGAGACGGAGAACACAGAUCCUCCACCACCACCCGAGGUGGUGAAGGUGGAAGCUGAGCGAGUGGAAGUGUUAGAAGUGGCUUCGAAGCUUCUGGCAAAUCUGCGAGAUCCUAACCUUGAUCCUCAGUCUUUAGAGUUUUUGACUGAUCAGUUGGGAAAGAUCGUGAGGGCCAUGCAGCCUGGUCGACCUGCGGAACCAAUUUCGAAGAAGGCGCAGAAGCUGGCGGAGAGGUCGCAUGAGCGUUAUCGAUCUCCAAUUCCUCGUUCCCCAUCGAUGGAGCAAAAGUUGGAGCGCAGCCCUCUUCGGCGGUUGUCACCCGAUGGGCCGCAAUCGGAGCGUCUGGCAAAGCAGAAACUGGCGCAGACGGAGAUUGUCCAAUUUCAGCAGAUGGUUGAGGAGAUGUACAGUAAGACGUGUGGAUGGUGCUUCAUCCUAUGUUUGGGGAACAUCCUUGCGCUGAUCUGCUGUCUCGAGACUACUCGGAAAUAUCCCUUGAACUAUGCCAUUCUCUUCGGCCUCACCCUGGGAAAUGGCGGACUGGUGGGCCUGGCCUGUCAGCUCUAUACUGCGCCAUCAAUCAUCUUGGCUGUGUCUUUGACUGCCGUCACACUCCUUUCCCUGACGCUCUAUGCGGCCUUUGGUGGCAAAGAUCUCACGGACAUCACGGACAUGAGCAUCUAUCUCUUCACGGGCCUCAUGGUGAUCGGCUUCGACCUUCCCUGGGUCCAGAAAGUGAUCGCGGUUUGUGGAACUGUGCUUUUUUCGUUCUACAUCGUUUUCGAUACCCAGAUGAUUAUGGGAGGCUAUGGCGGGCACAAGAUGGAGUUUUCGCUUGAUGAUUACGUCUUUGCGGCCUUGAAUCUUUACCUGGACAUCAUCAACCUCUUCAUGUACAUAUUGCAGAUUGUGGGAAGUUUCACCAGGAUCAUGUUGGCUUUGCAGAACCAGGUUGGUGUUGACCUCGAGCAGAAAGUUCCAAUGGCCGAUAGCAGCAAGGGGCUUCCAGCACGAGGCAAGGGGAUUCUUGCACGAGGCAAGGGCCAACAAGCUAGCCUGGUGAAAGCACCGCCAGAUGAGGAGACAGAGGAGUUGCUGAGGUUUCUGGAUGGCAAAGGUGGUUUUGAGAUUGACUUGGGCGGUGUUGGCCGUCAAAUUGAUGGUUUCACCAGGAAAGGUCUUCCACAGGAAGAUGCCUUGGGACUUUUGCAGGAAGUCCUUGAUCGAGGUCCCUCGGUGAAGAAUCCCACGUCCUUCAUCCGGUUCAAGCUGAAGGCCCGGUUGGCUGUGAUGGGUGUGUCCUUAGACACACCUGUGGAUGAACAUGCCAAGCUCUUGAAGAGAAUUGAAUGGCUGAACGACUAUGGUGGAGUCCAGAAGGAUAUCAACUACAACAAGGUGGUGGCAGCUUUGGAGCAGGUGGGUCUGGAGUCGGCGAUGAGAAUCCUGAAGGACUUGGAAGAUCAGGCCGCAGGUGUGGCAGAUCCCAAUGAGUUCAUUCUGAGCUCACUGAAGAAGCCGGUAGGUCCCACCGGAGGAGCCAGUGGCAGCAGUGAUGGCGGAAUACCGAAGGAGGAACCUCUCACAUCUCUGGAGGCCUUGAACAAGUUCAUUCACUUUGUGAGCAAAGGUGGCCGCAGCGUGCAGCCCUCCGAGGUGGCCGAUGCGCUGGAUGCUUUGGGCCCAGCCCGAGUCAUGCGAAUUUUGAAGGAUAUGGAGGAGCAUGGACUAGGUUUGGACGACCCCGUCAGCUACGUGAAAGCUGCUGCGAAGAUGAGUGGGCACCUAGUGGUCAAGAAGGAAGUCGACAGCUUCGAGUCAGAGGACCACUCCGUGGACGAUGUCUCCAAGUUGACCUCUCGAAUGAAGUGGUUGAAUGAAUUUGGAGGCUUGUCGAAGAAGAUUGCCAUCGAUGAAGUAAUUGGAGCAUUGUACUGCCUGGGCUUGGCACCAUCCAUGUCCAUUCUACGCAGCCUCCAGGAGCGCGGCGCAAGCGUGGCUGACCCCACCCGAUACAUCAAGCAGGCAGUGCAACACGCAAAUCGCACCAUGGCCAAGGACGAGGAUGAAGAAGAAGAUGUAGAAGUCGAGGAGGAAGAAGUAGAAGUCGAAGUGGAAGAAGAAGAAGAAGAAUCUGUGAAGGCAAAGGAAGAAGUGCCAGCCGAUGAGGUCGAGGAUUGGCUCGCAUGGGCUGCUGAUGAAGAGCCAAAGCUCAAGAGGCAAAAGCGUAUGACAAGUGGUGCGUCAGCCGGCCCAAAGGUGAAGUUUGAACCUCAGGAGCCUUCAGUUUCUCAUCCUUUGAGCCCCCAAGAGAAGGUGAUGCAGGUGAGGAGUUAUGCCUUAAAGAAUUCCUUGCGACUGGAUGAUCAAUGCCUAAAGACCUUGUCACGGCUGCCUUGCUCCAAAGCCACUGACCUUAUCGAUGAGGUCUUACGAGGAGGUCGGAAUCGCCGCGGUGUCGCCAACCCGUCGAAGUACUUGCUGCGAGCAGUGCAGAUGUCCUGCGUGGGCUUAGGUGUUGAGCAGGGCCUUGCCAUGGAGCUGGCAGUGUCCUUGGGUUUGGUGUUAAACAACGACGCCCUUGAUGAGCUAGCUUCCAUCCCGCGGAAGGCGUCUCACGCCAUCAUACGACAAUUGGCUGCCAGUCCGAACCGUGUCAGCCCGAUGGAUUUCAUUUGCGAAGAAGUUGAGAAAUGCCGAACACAACUGCGAUGGCAAAGCCAGUGAAACUGAGCUUCUGGGAUGACGAUGGCCACGAACGCCACAAAUUCCAGGAUGAAGACGAGGAGAUGGACGCUGAAGCCUUCGCACACCCGAAGAGGCGGUUGGACGCGGCAUGAUGCAGCCAAUAUCGGAGCUGCUCAAGAACACCCAUUCGCCAUUCGCGGCAUGACCAAGAUCAGCAUUUUGAGAGAGGGGUGGAUCGCCAGCUAUUGGAAAGCAAGUUGUUGAUGUUAGAGG